AUGAUAGUGAACCAAAACAGGGAUACGUUCGAGUACAUAAAAUCUUUAGGUCUCGAAGUAGAACACCUCAAAAAUAAUUUGGAAGACCAGAAAAUUGAUGUGAAAUGUAUCACUCAGGCCAUUGAGUCACUUAAAAACCCUCGAGUAGACUCCAUUGAUAGUGAUAUAUGUGACAUGAAGAAUAUUGUGCAGGAAUUAAAAGCACAAAUUCAGAACACAACCCGGCAGGAGAUAUCCACAGACAAAUUCACAAUCGACAUAGAGCCUAUCUCGCAAAAAGAUAGGAAAAUUAACGGAGGAAAUAAAGGAACUAAAGGAACAUGGAACAAAAAGUCUACACGUCUAUUUAACACCGCUAAGGCAAAUUGGUCAAUUUUUAGAGAUGUUUUUAAAGAAGGGUUAAAAAAUGAUAAUAUUACAGAAAUAAAAGUUAAUCUGAUAAAAACAACAAAUGAUUUGGAAGACAUUUUAGAGAAAUACAUUAAACAAGUCAGCAUUGCCAGUAAAAGGGCAAUACCACCUAUCUCUAAAAAAAUUAAUACAACCUGCACUCCCUGGUGGACUAAGGAGUUAGGAGCUGAACGACGAGAUUUAAUAAGAUUAAGAAGAAGAAUAAGAUUUGCAAACGCAAGGCGUAAACCCUUCCUUAUCCAAGAAUUUACAGCAGCCAAAGAAAAAUAUGUGAGUAACAUAAUGUCUACAAUUACUGCGAGCUGGAAGGAGCUAUGUACAAAGCAGGAAAAAGAGACAAUAUGGCAGAGCAUUUACAGAAUUAUUAGGAAAUGCACAACAACAAACGAAGACAAACUUUUGCGUUUAGGAGAAAAAACUCUCAAUCCUGAUGAUUCAGCUAAGUUACUAGCUAAAGUAUUCUACCCUGAAGAUGAAGUAAAUAAGGACACCGAAGAACAAGGAAAAGUUCGUGAUGAAUCGAAUGCAAUUAUUAAAGAUCUAAGAUAUGACUCUAUUAAUUUUCCGAAAUUCACCGAAGAAGAAAUAAAAAUGGUACUACAAAGAAUAAGCCCCAAAAAAGGCACCAGGAGAAGAUGGUAUAACAUCAGACAUCUGCUAUGA